AUGUCAGAAACUAAACAACAGCCACAACCCCCAAGGAUUCUUAGAAUCAAGAGGAAAAGACAUCAAGAUCCAUUACAAGCAUUAAUCUUAGAAGAUACAAGAGCAGCAAAAAGAUCCAAACCUUCAUCACCAAAAGUAUCCCCAAAAUUAGCUCCAGUUGACUCUCCACUCUCCGCAAAUCAACAACCACUGCAAUCGAUCCAACCAUCGCAAGAACAGCAGGAACAACCAAUUGUUGAGCCUCCUUCAAACUAUGUUUUCAAAUUAGCCAGAACUGAUAAUCCCUCAAAUGUAAACAUUCAAGAUGAGUCCAUCAUCAACACCAUCCUCUCAGAAUCACAAACCCCACUUGACAUCCAAGAUACGACUAAUAAUGAAUCCCAAACCAAAAAGAAAUUCAUCAUCCCUCGAAAUCAAAUUGAAGAAGACGUAAUCAUCCCUCAUGAACUUUCAGACAUGAUAGAUUCAUUCCUCAUCUCAACCACCGCUACCGACAAACCAUCCAUCCCCAAACGUAAAAAACGAGGACGGAAAGAUCUGAUAUCCCCCGAUGAUCACGCCGAACAUCAAGGUGAGGAAGAAGAAGAAGAAGAAGGUGAAUACGUCUAUGAUGUCUAUCAUCUCACCACCACCGAACCUAUGACGACGGCAAAUCAUCCACAGUCGCAGAUUGGAUAUAUCAGAUUCUUCAACGAUGAAGAGGAUGAUAUGAAUAACAAUAAUGGUCGCGGGAAUAUUUUGAUGAAUAAUGAAGAAGACAAUAAAUCUGGUGCAGAGGUGAUGACUGAUGAUGAAGAUUCGAAUGCGGAAUCGUUUUAUCAGAAUGAUUAUCCUUCAGAUGAGGAUGCUGGGGUAUAUAGUGAUACCAAUAAUAUUGAAGCUGGUGGUGAUGGUAUUGGAGUUGGUGUAGCUGAUGAAGAGGAGGGAUAUGUCCCACAUGAGGGGAUUGGGUUGAAAGAGGAUGAAUAUUUUGAAUAUAAUGAAAUUGAGGAUUUUCAGUUAGAUGAAGAGAAGAAUGAUGAUCAUGAUGAUGAUGACCUAGAUGAGUAUGGGGAUGGUGAGUAUGAGGAUGAGAAUGAGGUCGGGUAUAAACGGAAUAUCUUUUUCAAGAGUGAUGAGUCGGACCCAAUGGCAAUACAUCGAGAUAAGAUCUUUGGAAGAUUGGAAAGGAUGAUUAAUGAAUCUUAA